GGAUGAAUUUCACAUGAUCCACGGACGGAAAGACUUAUUUUCAAGGAGGGCAGCCGUGCGUAAUUAUAAGAAUCAACGGCAUGCGCAUUUUGACAACACUUUGUUUGUACCCGAGUCGACACUGAAACAAGAGAGCAGACUUGUGCAGAUUUUUGCAGAAUGUACAACAAUGUACUGUAUGUUUCUGAUUUUGGGUUUGAGUUUCACCUGUCGGCUCGCGCAGACUGAGGCUCGUCCGCCCUCACUGACUGAGCGCCAAAGGAGCGCAGACGGAACAAGUUGCGCACACCGCUGACUCGACGGGAAUACUGAGGAGUGCAGUUUCGGGAAUUUCAAUGACAUUUACUGCCGGGCUGACAAUAACCUCGAUUUGUUUUACUGAUUGUCAGAACACAGAGAGGGAGGAGGCUGUUGACUUAUGGCGAGUUGUGUGAGAGAAGACCAAACCUGAGGUUUUAUUUCCACUAUGUCAGCCAAUGGGAGCUCAGAAACAGGUUGCAGGUCCGAGGUCAGACCAAGCAACAGUACGUGCAGCCAGAAGGAGCUGUCUGUCACUGCCUCUGUCAUCUCCAUGACCGUGGGUAUCUUCUCCAACAGCCUCGCCCUUUUUAUCCUCAUCAAAUCUUACAACCGCAUCCGGAUCAAGUCCAAGGCGUCCUUCCUGCUGUUUGUUAGCAGCCUGUUGAUCACAGACCUGCUGGGUCACCUCAUAAAUGGCUCCCUGGUGCUUUUUGUCUACAGCUCCCAAAAGAAAUGGGAGAUAUUUGACCCUCACCGCAUUGUGUGCAGUGUCUUUGGGGCGUGCAUGGUGUUCUUUGGUCUGAGCCCCUUGUUCCUGGGGAGUGCCAUGGCAGUAGAGCGCUGCAUUGGAGUCACCAGGCCUAUCUUCCACUCCACAGCAUUAGCUUCCCGCCACAUGAAAAGGCUGCUGGGACUCACCUGGCUGCUCGCUGCCAUGGUGGCUGUGCUGCCCAUGCUGCUGUGGAGACCCUACAAGGUUCAAAGCUCCAGGAGCUGGUGCUUCUUCCAUAUGGAGGAACCCAAAGACUGGGUGGAUGUCCUUCUGCCUCUGCUUUUCUCUCUGCUGGGGCUGCUGGCCCUACUGCUCUCCAUUGUAUGCAAUACACUGACAAGCUGCGCUCUGCUGCAGGCCAGGAUGCGCCGCAAGCAUCACUGCAGAGGCACAUCCUACCACAUAGAGAUGAUCUGCCAACUGCUCGCUAUCAUGUUGGUGUCCUGCGUGUGCUGGGGCCCAUUACUGAUCCAUGUCAUUAUGCUGAGCACCAGAGCCAAGGAUGAGCCUGCGUCUGUCAAUCUCCUGAUGGUAGUCCGUAUGGCCACAUGGAAUCAGAUCCUGGACCCCUGGGUCUACAUCCUGCUGAGGAAGGCUGUUCUGAGGAAAAUCUUCAUGGUGCUCCACAGCUGCUGGAGCCCAAAGUCUCAUCACCGACACCACUGGCAGUGCAGUUUAUUGCGCAGUUCGAUUGAGACCAGCAAAUCUGGUGUUGGCCUAACUGACUGUAGAUUACCUGUGCCAGACACUACAAUUAAAUCCAUCACCUGAACCCUGGCCACAGUGUUCUGAACAGCUAUGAAAGAAAGAAACAGGAUGAAGCUGUGAAGAACUUUGUUGGAAUACAGAUGGUCAAAGUUAUUGGAGCCAUCACUAGAAGCUCAUUUACAAUCUUACAUAAACUGCCGCUAUAUAGUUAGCUUCUGUGUUCUCUGGAGUUGUAAAAUGAUCACCAUGACCUGGCAGUAUUGUGGUCUGUUGUGUAAUAUGGGAUUAACUUUUUUUCACUUUCAACUCUGUUUCAUGCAGCAAAGUCUGUCUAAAAUGUUCACAGCGCUCAGUCGCAGUUAGACUGGUUCAGCAGUUAUUCCUUCAUUGCGCUUUUUCUUUUGGACAGCUUAAGUUCUUAAUGCUGCUGAAAUUUCCACAUGGCAACUCCUGUAUGUAUGUGUGUGUGUGUGUGUGUGUGUGUAAACUCAUCUAAAUAUUUUAUGAUUUAGUCAGUCAGCUAAUAGAGACUACACUCAACAUUUCUCUAGAUUAUGUCAACAGAUCUGCAGCAAAAUGUGCCAAAUGAUACAAGAUAACUGAGCUUUGAUCAGUCUGCACAAAAAUUUAACACUAUCUAUCUAUCUAUAUAUCUAUCUAUCUGUCUGUCUAUCUAUCUGUCUGUCUGUCUAUUGUUAUUAUAUCCAGUAAUUGCUCUAAAUGUGGUGUUGUGCAAAAGUGUUUUUAUGGCUGUAUAUUUAAAGUGAACAUAUAAAAACCAAUUAAAAAAUUACAAAAAA